AUGGGUUCGCUGUUCACGGUUAUCCCCCACGUUGAUGGCGGAGAAGGAGUACCUGUCACAGUGGAAGAUUUCGCAGAACGUUCCGCUGCAGUCAGCCGCAGGUAUUUCCACCAGAUGUACUAUCAACUCCAUAUUGAGUUGCUACAGCGCUUCGGUGGAACGAGCUGUCAUCCCUCAGAGUUUGUCUCAGCACGAAACCGUUCUCGUCGUGCUCAGCGGGUGCUCCUUCACUUCCGAGAGCACGGCGACCGAUUCCAUCUUUUGGACACGGUUGAGGAUGGCUGGUACAGACUUCGGGCGCUUGCUCAGCUGAUGCCCCCAGAUGAGGAGGUCGGCGAUUGGCCCCAGAAGUCUUUCAAGUCCAGACGAUUCAGAUCAUGGUUCAAGAACGAACUUCGCCACUGGCUCCAAGCCCUACCUCCGUUCCUUGUCCAGGAGGCAGGCGCCCUCCGAGUCAUUGAUAAUCGCCAGGACUUAUUCCUUUAUCGCCUUGGUUUCUUGAGUCGUGAGAAUAGCAUGGCCACUACCGAAGACGAUGACGAUGCAUCGUCUGUGUUUUCCUGUUCGUCCGUCGGUGAGCUGAGACUGCUCCAAAGAUGA